GAAUAUUAUCUGGGCCAGGUUGGGACAUGCCAUCCAUUCAGUGCAGCUGGCUGUGAGAAGAUCCUCCAGCAGAAGCACAGCGAGCUGCAGCUGAAUUAUGAGCAUCUGGGGCGAGAUUUAGGAUUUAGCAGUGGGAGGAGGGGGGUAGGCAAUAAGAAAAGCACCGCUAGUCUACGUGGAGCACAUAAACACGGGCCCCUGUGCUGAAAACGGGGCGGGCAGCAGCUCCACUUCCAGCAAUGACAUCACUUUUCCUGCCUGCUGCUCAAACCUGAACACGGGAGAGGGAGCCGGAGAGAGCGGAGCCGAGCCGAGGAGCAGCCCGCCCGCACGCAGCCGCAGCCCGGGGAGCCCGUCAGCAUGCGCCCGCUGGACGCGCCGGGGAACAGUGCAGCGAAAGGCGUCUCCUAGCGUGUUUUGUUCGCUUUUAACGUCGCGGGAGGAGCAGAGCUUGAGGAGAGCAUGAUGACGGAGGAGGCCGAGCACCGAGCGCUCGAGGAGGACCUGGAGUCGGAGGAGGGCGACCUGGAGUCGUACCUGGAGGAGGAAAGCAGCAGCGAGCUCCUGGAACGUGUCAGAGAGCUUCAGGCUGAGAACUCGGCUCUUUCUCUAGCCAACGAGAGCCAGAGAGAAGCGUACGAGAGAUGCUUGGAUGAGGUCGCCAACCAUGUUGUCCAGGCCCUUCUCAACCAGAAGGACCUUCGCGAGGAGUGCAUCAAGCUGAAAAUGCGCGUGUUUGAUUUGGAGAGGCAGAACCGAACCCUGUGUGAACUCCUCCAAGAGAAACUGCACAAUCAGUCAUGUGUACAUCAGCAGACUGGGUCCUGCUUGGAACACAUUGCUGAGCUCCAGCACAGCGACACAAACAAACUUCUUGAGACCCAGAGGAAUGCACAAGCCAAGGGAAAUGGAGAGUGUGCACAAAACUGUUUUCCCGACACCCAAAGCUCCGCCACGUCUAUGGAGGCCUUAUCUCCGUUCUUAAAAAAGAAAGCACACAUUCUGGAGGUCCUUCGCAAGCUGGAGGAGACGGACCCUCUGCGCUACCACCGUUCCUCUGGCAUCUCGUCGCUCUGUGAAUACAGCCAGGCGCUGGUCUCUAAGGAAAGCGUGUUAGCCUGCAGAGACAACUCGCCCAGGUGCAGCGUGAUGAAAACGCACUGUCCGCAUUCCUGCCCGGACGUUUGCACGCAUCAGCAUUUAAACGGAGGAGACCACAAUAGCGUGAAGUGUGGAAGCUGUAACACGUGCCUGAUGCUCUCCAAUAAGGACUCGAUCAGUCUAGCCAACAGUAGCCACAAUUGCUGCACUGCAAAUUCGAUUACGAUUGAUAACCUCAACUUGGCUCCGCCUGAGUUUCACAAAAACCAGGACUUGCAGAGUCUGGUGAAGCCUGCCGCAGGUACUAGUGAACUUGUAGCCAACAGGAAGUCUACAGAUGUUUCUGUUCCUCCUGCAGAACAAGGUCUUGUCCCGUCCACUCAACUAGCGCUAGCGGAUCUUACGGAAGCUCCAGACUCGUACCUUAACUUGACCGUAGCGGAAAAAGACCAUAACGUAGUUCCUGAUUAUACACCAGCCAAUCCCCUUGCACUGACGGAGAGAGAGACGAGAGACAAAAAUAGAAUGUCAGAUGUUCUGGUGGACGACCAGUUAUCGAAAAGGUCGAGCAGUAGUGUCUGUGAUGAUCUGGUGAUUAGUGAUGAGACUACAAAUAACGCAAGUCAUCUGGAAAAGGACUACAAGCACUUAACUGCUGCUGUUGCAUCGCAAAAGUUUGAGGAAGUCGCAGGAAGUGAAGAGAAGGUUACGCAGAAAGAAGACACUGAUGAACCCCGAGUUCAGCCCACCACCUCGAAGCUGCCUGCUCUCAGUCUAAAGGACAGCCUGCAGGACGCGUACUGUGAGUUGGAAAGCGGCGAACCCGUCCAUAAAGGGUUGCUCUUUUCUCCCAAUGAAAACCAUACUGCCUCAAGAGUGCUGGAUGACAUUUGCGCACCUGUGAAAGACAGCACUGCACAAGAGCUUCAGGCUGACCGAUCCAAACUCGUGAGUCCGAACCAAGUGUCCUGCUUGAGAGAGGUCAAAGCCUCUCCUUCAAAGCUGCUCAAGUUCCUCAAGAUUCCAACUCUUGGGGAUCGAGCACCAGCAGCCAACGCCCCCCGCCUGAGCCCUCAGCUAACCCGCAGCUCAAAGAUCCCCUGCCGAAGCAACAACUACGAGGUACAUCACUCACCGGUCGCCGUCCGCAAGGCGACGACGACAGAAAGGCAAAAACAACCUCCUUGUACCAAAUCAGAGCCCUACCCUUCCACCCAUUCCGCACCAACCUCUCCACCCCAGCCAGAUGAUCCCCCUCCGGUGGUGCCAAAGGAGCUUAACUGUGGCAUAGCUAAAUCCAGUCGAAGUGGCAAGCCUACACAAAUCGCUCCCCCUCAAAAGAACGCCCAGAAAGUCCCACUCUACGAAAACGUCUCUGAUCUUUCUCACACAAGUGCUGCUGCUGACAUUUCCCAGGUUCUCGGAGAAGUAAGCACGGCUCUGCGUUACGUGAGCUCCAACACUGAGAGAGUAAAAGGAAAGAUCGGUUCAAACUUUGGAGCGGAGAGACCUUUAAGUCUCAAGUCUCAAAAGGACACUUCUCUCGGUUCUGAUUCCUCCUCAGACCAAGAAGAGAACUCAAGUGACAACCCAGUAUGGCACAAGCAUGGCAACCAUCGCAGUUUGCCAAGCCAGUCGUCUUCCCAGAAGUCACAGUCGAGUGGUAUUAGCAUGAGAUCCAGAAGCCAAGAGAAAAAUGAGGUGGCAAAAGAACACACACAAACUGCAGCAUCGCCCGCCAAAAGGAAUGAUCCACCACCUAUUCCCAAGAAGACGGGCUUGGGUAGACAGUCAGGCGAAUCCAGCCAUUCCUUUAAAGAGAGGCUGGCUGCACUCGGGAAGCUGAGGAACCCAGAAGAACCUUCAUCUAGUACUCAGCCGGCUGAGAAAAAAGAAAUACAAUCCACUUUGAGUGCAACAAGUGUGAGUGUGCUUCCACGGACAAGCGACAACAAAAGCAAAACCGCUGACAGGAACUCUGAUUGUAAAGCCGGAGAACAUAGACUGUCCAAAAAUGCAGAUUCCGUCGAAGAGAAGUCAUUCGUCUCAGGACAUUUGGAUAGUGCCCUUGCCAAGCAACAAGGUCAGUUUCAGCUCGCUGACCAAGCAAUCAGAUCUCUCCCUGCUAGUGCUGUCAUCUCUAAACUGGAAACCGAGUCCUCAAGAUUGUCCCUUGCAAAGCCAGAAAGCCCAAAGUCCAAGAUGCCUCCACCGUCCGCCAACUUGGAGACUGCGCAAGCUUUGCGUACCUAUGUGAAAAGUGCAACGCCUCAUAGUCUUUCGUAUGGAGGAAAAAACGUGUCCAGCCCCAACAAGAUUCCUCUAAAAUCCCCAGCGAAAACCGUGCCACCAUCUUUGAGCCGAGAAAGCAAGCCCACUCAAGAGAUUCCGAGGUACUUGUCCAAAUCCGAAGACAGGAGCCAACUCCGCAGCAGUAAGAAGAAGAACUCCUUCGGCGAGAGCCUUCCUCCUCCCCCGCCGCGGCCGGUAGAGUCCGCAGAAGAAAAGAGACACUCCACGCCCAGCCCUCAAUCCUCCAUCGAGCAGAAAGUCAUGAAGGGCAUUGAGGAAAACAUGCUGAAGCUUCAAGAGCAGGACAAAGGUCAAGUACCUGAAGUCAAGCAGAAGGCUUCCAACGGUAUUGCCAAUUGGUUCGGCUUGAGGAAGAGCAAACUUCCGGCGCUCAGCCGGAAACCCGAGCCGUCCAAAGGCAAAGACGAGAAGAGAGAGUGGAAAUUGAAUAUAUCCUCAGUGGGGAAGGACUCCAAAGCGGCUGCUAAGAAGCCGGAGAGCGAAAGUUUGAACAUAUCGAUGUUGAUGGAGAAGGCGGAGGGGCUGCACAAAGCCCUGGAGGAGGAACGGGCGUACGUGAACGGCGUUGCCUUGGACCGGCAAGGAAAGGGACAUUCCUGCGAGGUGGUGAUGGACCAGGCACAGGGACAGCUGUCUGUAAUGUACAGGGGAAUGCCGUCAGAUACGUUCAUGCAGCAGCUGCUCAAUCGGGUGGAUGGAAAAGAAGCUGGAAGUGUCAGUGUGGCUCAUCGACGCCUCUCUUUCGACUGUAAAUCCAGACCUGUCUUCAGUCACCACAGCACUACUGUCAGCCAGACCAGAAGCAGUGAGGACAUGGAGAGGGGCUCUGCGUUAAUGAGUAAAGUGGACGGCGUGUCUGAUGAGAACCUUGCGGACUCCAUUCACCAUGAGCGCUUUGCAGGCUCAGGGAUCUCCACACACACUCUGGACAGCGGUAUCGGCACGUUUCCUUUUCCAGACUACAGUGCGAACGCUGGCUGUAAGAGUAUCCCUAAAGGAAAGGCCCAGGGGGAGAACGAUCCUUCCCUCCCGCAGGGAAGACACGGCUCAGGGAUGAAGAUCCCCCACAAGGCCUGGACUCUGGAGAGAGAGCUCUCCUCUCUGGAGGAGGAUUACAUCAUGGGUCAGGAGGUGGACAGCGCCACACUGCAGGGCAAGAUUGCACCUCAUCAGGUUGCCGACAUGAGUCACGAAGGUGCUGACAUCUGUGGAGCACCAAUGAGGUCUGGACCCACCAAGAACUGGACUUUCCCCAGCCUGAAAGGAUCCACGGACUCGUCGGAUGUUUAUCUUGGAGUAGGUGAGGGCUUAGAACCAGUAACCCAGAAGAGCUCAUUCAGGAGGCGCACCAAGACUAGCGAUGCCGCCAUCAGCCAUGAAGGAGACCCCAGAAGCCUCCCCCAGCCGGCCUAUCACGCGCGCCGAGCCAAACCCCGCGGCCCCGCCCACCCAGACGCCGGGAGAGAGGCGGGGCUGGAGCUGGUAAGAGAGAGGCCUGACGAUGCUCUCUCGCCCGCAGGACACCCCCAGGUCCUCGAAACCCCCGAGUCCCUCAGCGACUCGCUGUACGACAGCCUGUCCUCCUGCGGCAGUCAGGGCUGAGACGCUGAGACGCUGGGGGGGGGGAUCAGGGGGGCGUUUGAGUUUAACUUUCAGGUACCAUCCUUUCUAUACCCUGAUGCUUGUGAUGCAGGACUGCAGAUUUUUUGUAACACGUAAAAAAGCCUAAAAAAAAAACCAGAAUCACAGGACAUUACCCUUUUUUGGCACCAGGAUCUUUCCAGUCAGUGUCGUUCCUGCAGACUAUCUGAUCGUUUCUGUCGGACUGGGAGUGGACGGACUUCCAGUGACCCACCUGAUUUUUUACUCACUUUUAAUUCAUUGAAACAUCAAUACGCCCAAAUCAUUAUGACCACAUCAUUACCCACGCUCUCUUUUACAAGUCGUAGCAGAGUAGACACUGUCCAUCAUUCCCUCACUGAAGCAACUUUUUAAAAAGCUGAUUAAAAAACAAAGAAAACAAAAAAGACUAAAACUAAACACACAAAAAACGACCUUUCCAAGUCUUCCGAAACUUUUUCCUUUUUUUUUUUAUAUAUAAAGUUUCUCUCGUUUAAAAAAAAAAAACCCGCUGAAUGUUCUCGUGUCGUUGUCUCUACAUGUACAUGUACAUCUUUCGUGCACAUCUUUUGUUAACAUAGUUGUGUAAAGUUCUUGCAAAGUGAAAGUGUUUUUUUUUUUAAUGUAUGUGGUUUUCUUUCGUAAUUUAAUAUGUAUUUUUUAUGUAAAAAGUUUUAAAAAGGUUAAAAAGAAAGAAAGAAAGUAAAGCGUGCGUUUGUACACAACUUGCGGCGGGAAUCUCCCGGACCUCCAUUGAUUCCUGUAGUAAAAACAUGUAGCAAUAAUAAAAGUACUAUCUGUGAGAGAUAGGGCUACAGUGUUUUACAGUGAAUUUUUACUAUUUAUUUAUUUUUUAUCUUUUUUUUUUUUUGCAAACGUGUGGUAAGACAAGGCCACAUCUUAAUGGUUACUUUUACUUUUUGUUUUUUCUUUUGUUUCUUGUCAAUCUAUUAUUUACUGUGCCUGGCUAUGUAUGUAUGUAUGUAUGUAAGUAAGUAAGUCACUUUGAAGUUUUCUUUAGUAAUAUUUUUUAUAUUCUUUGUUUUCUUCAGCGGGACAAAGCUCAUAGCUGGGUUUCUCAGUUAGAUCAAUCCAUGGGUUUCCAUGUUCUCCCCAUUUCUGCAUGGAUUUUCUCCAAGGAUACUCUAAAUUAUCUAAAAAAUUAGAUACUCUAAAAACGUAAUAGAUAUGGAUUGGCACUCUAUGCUGGUUCAGCUCCUUCAGGUGGACGGUGGUUUCCGGUUAAGAGUACGCUGUUUGCUAUUGGCUGCUGCUUCACACAGUGUGUGUUGAGUGUGCAGAAUGUAAUUGUAAGCAUCCUUCAAAGCCUUAAGUGGCAGAAAGGCAGAAAUAAUAAUAAUAAUAUCCCAGGUCAGGUUUCGUAGUUGAAUUUUGUAGUUGUAGUUCAGCACGUUCAUUGUCUAAAAAAAAAAAAAAAAAAAAAAAGCAGUGGUUCCCAACCAUGUUCCUAAAAGGGAUCCCCCCGUUUUGUCAUGUCCUGCACAUUUUAGUGGUUUCCUGCUGUAAAAAAACACACACCUCUACCUUCAACUCAGGAAGGAUCCCACUGUGCAGGGCGAGGGGUCAUCCUGGAUCAGGGAUGGAAACCAUUGGUAAAAAGGAAAAUAUUUCCAGUUUACUGAUUUCCCACCCAAAUAAUGUACAGCUCUGUAAAAAAUGAAGAGAGCACUUCAGUUUCUGAAUCAGUUUCUCUGAUUUUGCUAUUUAUAGGUUUAUGUUUAAGUAAAAUGAACAUUGAUGUUUUAUUCUAUAAACUACAGACAACAUUUCUCCCAAAUUCCAAAUAAAAAUAUUAUAAUUUAGAGCAUUUAUUUACAGAAAAUGAGAAAAAAGAUUUCAGAAAUCAAUAUUUGGUGGAAUAACCCUAGUUGGUUUUUAAACACAGUUUUUUUUCAUGCAUCUUGGCAUCAUGUUCUCCUCCACCAGUCUUACACACUGCUUUUGGUCAACGUUAUGCUGCUUCACUCCUGGUGCAAAAAUUCUAUAAUAAAAUAUGCAGAGAAACACAUACAGAAACACAUUAUAAAGUGUGCUACAUGCUAACAGUGAAACCCAGCUAUGUGAAUCGCCCCUUGAGUUAUACAGCAAUAUUUUAAUAUACAGGUGUUGGAGAAUGAAACUGAAACACCUGGUUUUAGAGCACAAUAAUUGAUUGUGGUGACGGACAGUUCUGAUGGAAACAGGAGAGUUGAGGUGCACAUUGAAUUCUGCGUGAUUUGAUCAGCCGUGGUUUUAUGUUUUUUAUUGGAUACAAUCCGGGUUAGCACCCGAACAUCCCUUUCAGACAGCUUCCUCUUACAGCGUCCACAGUUAAUCCUGUUGGAUGUGGUUGCUCCUUCUUGGUGGUAUGCUGACAUUUCCCUGGAUACCGUGGCUCUUGAUGCAUCACAAAGACUUGCUGUCUUGGUCACAGAUGCUCCAGCAAGACGUGCACCAACAAUUUGUCCUCUUUUGAACUCUGGUAUGUCUCCCAUAAUGUUGUGUGCAUUGUAAUAUUUUAAUAUUUAGAGCAGAACUGUGCUCUUACCCUGCUAAUUGAACCUUCACUCUCUGCUCUUACUGGUGCAAUGUGCAAUUAAUGAAGAUUGAACACCAGGCUGCUCCAGUUUAGCCUUUAAACCUAAAAUCCCACACUAAAAUAAUUUCAGGUGUUUCAGUUUCAUUGUCCAAACCCUGUAUUUGCGUCCAUACAGUCCAUAUUCAUCAGAUGUGAAGCUUUAUAAAAUGGGACUGUAGAGAAUGUGGAGUUUUAGCGUUUUGAGGUUUGAGGGGAUUUUUGAAUGAAUGGAAUUUAAUUCUCAGUUUUUAUUUUAUUUUAUUUUUUAUUUUUUUAACCAGGCCCAUUUAAAAAAAAUACUUUUUUUUAAUUCAAUGUGAAAAAGACUGUUAACCUCUCUGAUGUCUUUAACGUCACAUUGUAAGCAAAGCGCCACCAGGCGUUCUUCAUCUCCUCCUCUUCAUCAUCAUCACACUCAGUGACUUCUCUCAGUUUGUGUAUUAGAUCUCCUCCGCUGCCUGUAGAACUUUAAAACUCAAAGCCAUUUACGUUCACCUCUUUAUUUCCUCGUUAAUUGUCAGGAAUAUUUUAUAUUAGUUUGCUCUGUUUACAAAAGAAUUUAUGACGAAGCUGUUAAUAUAUCUGUAAACUUGUUUUUUUAUAUAUAUAUCAAGGUGCUAUCAAAUGUUUUCACAUUUUCAUCUCUACAAAAAAAAAAAGCCAUAAAUGUGUUUUUCUCUCAUUAUCAUCUUUCUAAGCGGUUGCCAUCACUCACGCAACUAAAUAAAAUCUUUUUAUGCAGUC